UUACAAGUCAAGCUGCACCCCGUUGCCGACCCCGUAGUCCUCCAAUGUAAGCUGAUCCUUGAAGGGUCUUUCGCCUUGUCUUUUAAGGAGGAUUUCAUGGGGUUCUCGUCCGAUGCGUGCGGCAACCUGAGCUUUAAACAGUCCUAUAUAUGUAAAAACGAAAAAAAGAACAGAUAGUUAGUUAAAACGAAAUAAAAAAAGUAAGGGAAAAAAUGGAAAACACCGAACAAAUCCGGCAUUCGAAAAUGAAUCAUCCCCCUCCAUCAUCCCACACCCCACCGCACCCCACGGCCCAAUCCGAAUUGCAAAUGGGGGAACGCGGCUUACGGAUUGGAUCUGAUGCAAGACACGGAAUAGCUGCUUUCGUGCCCAAUCUGUCAUUCACGUUGACAAUUAUCAUAGGUUCCGUCGGCGCCGAAACAGCUGCAGCCUUCUUGUCUUUCUCCCUUUUCUCCCUCUUCUUUCCCUUUCCAUCCUGUUCCUCGCGUCUGUCGCCAGUACUACUCGCUGGUGCAGUAGUAGUAUCAGUUGCCCUGUAUCUACUAUCCCUGUAGCUGUUGUUACCGUCAUAUCUUCUCCUGUCCCCGUCCGGGUCGAAAUCUCUGUUUCUAUCCCGUCUGCCACCUCGAGUAGGUGAUCUGGUGCGGUCUCCUCCUCCUUCUCUUUCUCUCUCUCUUUCAUUUCCCCUUUCUGUGUCUCUGUAUCCCCGUUCUAAACCCCUUUGCUCGUCUACCCGCCUGUCAUCAUCUGUCCGACGCUUUUGCUUCCAGCGAAAUCCGCCUUCGCGACGCCUAGGCCUAUCUCGAUCUCCGUCUCCGUCUCCGUCGUCUCUCCGUCGCGGGGAUCUGCUUCGCCUCCUAUCUUCUUGCCAUGGCGAUGGUGAUCUUGAAUACGAACGAGGCAUGUUUUAAAUCAGGAUUAUGGGGUUAAUAAUGUAGACAAAAAUAGAUAGACAAUACCAAAGACCAUCAAUAAGAGAGCUGAGAAGGGUAAGAGGGGGGAAAGCAGCGGUGGAUUGGGAUCUCAAACGUGUGUUCUGUAAAAAUGGGUGGUGAUUUUGCAAACAGAGAAUCGCCUUGUGAACGUGUCUAGGUCUCAGCAAAUCAUAGGACAAGGCAGGUCAUUCCGGGAGUGUUGAAGAAAACAUUGCUUGUUUGUUUUCGGGACGCGCUGAAUAGAAGCCUUGGUCGGUCGGGACACGCCUAAUGUCACGUGAUCUGGAGCUCCUUGGAAGCUCUCGCCCGAAACUUUCAAACCAGCGCGAAUCUUGAUGGAUAGAUUCAUGGAUAGAACCACAUCCACAUCUACACUUCUAGAGUAUCAUAAGCCUGCUCGAUGCCCGCCCGCCUCUCUAUAGAGCGUCCCUCGCCAACGACGGCCCUCUUCACCGUCUCCAAUGUCUCCGUCCGCUCCACGAUCACCUCAAAGGCCCUCUUCGCCCUCGAAGUUCUACUCCGGGUCCUCCUUUUCACAUUCGUGCUGCUCGUCAACGGAGCGUUAAUUCGCGAUUACAUAUUAACUUUCGAUGAUGGGAUUGUGCGCUGGGAAGCCGUGUGGUCGAGUAGUAUUGGAGCUCUCGCCUGUCGUAUUGCGGAUCGGCAGCAAUGGCAGCUUGUCUGUCCUGUGAGCGCGAUGCUUGUGUACAUCAUUUUUCGCAGGGGGUAUACUGAGGAAUCACUGCUAGUCAUUCGCGGGCUCGGAGUUCAAACCUCAACCUCCUCCGCAACUUACCUCUCAACCGCCUCGACACGAUUUAUUCCUACUACACAAAUACAGGAUAUUGUGAUCCAUGAGGCAUUCAAGGGUUUUGAAGUGAAGUUCUACCUCGCCAUCAUUGUGGAAGGGGAGUCAAACGUAGUUGUGGUGUUCCCGAAUCUACUGCCCCGACGAUCUGUUCUUGAAGAUGUCUGGAAAGGAGCCCGUAAAUGCCUUUACGAUCCAAAUUGACACCUGACUCGUUCUCAGUCAUUCUACAGUUUUGUCCACAGUUUGUUGACGCGUGGGAGCUCGACACUCACAAAGAGACACCAAUCCAAGGGCAUUAAUAAUCUAAGUGGGAAUAAAAUGUCUGGGGUAGAGUUCUUAAACCUGCCCCGAGUAAGCGCGCUCUUGUCACCUUGGCUCACAGCAAGAUCGAGAAGCUCACCCGCCAAUAUCUCAUCUAUCUUCCGCUGUCUCCACACCCUCCAGAGCGUAUCAACCAUACUCCCUUGGCCAAAUUUGUUGUUAUCCCCCUUUCCAACUUUUGCUGUCCGUGAAUCGCCCGCAUAGACCCAAUUCAUCGCAUCUUCUCUGCUCCCACUGCUUUCAUCGGGGAAUACGCAAUCCCAGAGAACCAGCGGUGCGUCCGAUGCGAUCUCAUACGUGGGCCGACGAGGAUUCCUCUCUACGUCCAGUAGCUCUGGUAUGAUCGACGGAGGCUCAAGUCCCUGGCCUACCAAGAACAGUAUCGCGGCUAGGUGUCGGACCUGAUGCCAGAGGAAAGCAGAUCCGUGAAUCGUGAUGGUAUAUAUUUUAAUAUUGGACGUCGAUGUGUCCCAUGUCGACUCAUUUGCCGUUGUUCUAUCAUGCUCGGAUUUCAAGGGACGGAAUCCGGGCUGUCCCAAAUAUGACAAAGGUUUUGUUUUGGGGUCGAGCAGCUCGAUAUCGGCAUGAUAGAUAUGCCGCACAUGGUUUGUUAUCUGCUUGCUCGGGUCUACUUUGCAAAAAUUUCGGAAGUCGUGGGAUCCAAUCAGAUAUUUCGCGCCUUCACGCAUCGCUUCGAUAUCCAACCAUCCUUCUCUAGGUUGCUCAGUGUGCGCUCCAUUGGGGCUCCGCUCUGAACCUUGCUCCUGCCGUCCUCGUUUCAGGAAGCCUAGGGGACCCGGCGUUGGAGAGAACGCUGGCUGUGUAAAAAAGUAACGAUAUCGGCGUUCGCGGCAGGAGAAUCUGGCAUCAAAAUCCGGGGGCGGGUUCGGACACCAUGCUAACACGCGGAUAUCCUCUGGUAACACUCUGUUCAGAAUAGUUAUAUAAGGCAACUCAUCUGCAAUGUCGUCCCAGUCGUCUUCGGUAUCAGAAUUUUCUGAGCCAGAAAAUGAUAAUCCACCGAGGGGACUUUCCACCCCGCUAUCGUAGACAUUAGUAGAAGCACCAGCGGAAACCUCUGCAUUAGUUACUACUGCGCCGACAUCAGUACCAGUACCGUCACUUUUCACCUCGACCCUCUUCUUCGGCCGCGCACUCCGCACUCUAAUCCCAACAACCUGCCCAAACGCACUAACCCCUCUAUCCGUCCUCCCACACUUCGAAUACUGACAGCCAGUCCAAUCAAUCUUAUAUGCUCGUCCAUCUCCCCUGUCCUGUUCCGCAUUCACACCUCCCAUAUCAUCCUCACUCCCAACCCCUUCCCCCUCCACCGCCUGCGGAAAUAUCAACCGCGCCUUCCUCAGCGCCUUCCAUAACUCCUCCUCAAUAGUCGGCAGAGGCGUGGUAUUGCCAUUAGCGUGUUCGUAGCCAUUGUAUCUUUGACCCAGAUAGGCGAAUUUCAGCGCGAUAAAGCGCAUGUUAUAUUUUGAGGGGUCAAUGUCGCGGGAUUUCUUAGUGGAGCGACGUGAGGCGGAGGAGGAGGACGAUGAGGAUGAUGAAGAUGGGGAGCGGAGAACUGCGGGCACGUCUGCGGGCUUGUUACUUGGACGUCCUCUGUUGGCUACUGCAUCUGCACCCGUGCGAUCAUCGCUGGUGCUGUUGCUGUGGUUUUGGGAAUUUAGCUGGCGUUCCAGCUCUGCGAUGCGGGAUAUGAGACUCGAUUGGCUCCAGGUGGAGUAGUCGGGUUGAUUUUCGUGGGGAGGUUUUAUGAUCGCUGCUGCGACGGAGUUGUCCGGAAUGGUCAUCUUGUUGGAACUGCGGAUGGAGGAUGAGAAUGAUCUCUUUGGUCUUGCGAGGACAAUUGCGUUCGAACACGGUGAUCGGAGGUAAAAUAUUGGUCCUAGGGUGGUAGCAUUCAUUGCCUGCUGAGUGUCGUCUGAAGCUGUAGAGCUUCUGGAAGGGCGGCUUCAUGCCCUCAGAGGUGAGAAGCCGGAUGGUUCAUUCGAUAUUGACCACACGGUCUUACGGUGCCAUUUCCUCCUUUUUCUUUUUGGAGUUCCAUAUUUCGACGCUUUUUGGAGAGUGGUUUAAAAAAAAUACGGCAUUUGUAUUGAAAUAUUUUAAAUUACGACCAGUUCGAUCCAAUUAAUUCCUGUUUAUAAUACGCUAGUAAUAAUUAAUCAGGGCGCGAUAAUGGAUCACAUGAUCUUAUCACCAGGAGCUUGGAAUAACGACAGAUUCAUUUCUCCUGGUAAAUAGAAAUAUUUUAUCUGAACUGUUUCCUCCAAAUUCUUGUGGCUCAGCAGAUGAAAGUUCUGCAAUCCAUUUCCUCUUCAAAGGCAACAUAAUUCAGCCACUAGAAAGUAUAUAUAUUAUGACAGUAUAGUUAUACCUUUCACCCACAACUGGUAACAAAACAUUAUUUUUCUUCCUCGUGAUUGUCCCUUUAAUAGAUCUGACCUCUCUGUUCUAUGCCAUCAGACUUCCUGAAUAGUGAUAUUGAAAUUCACUAAG